ACUGAGCAACGCUUGCGCACAAUGAUUCUGUUUUUCUAUUACGUUGACAUCAGUUAUCCAUGAUGCAGUGCCUGUAGUAACGUUAAGAUAUAAGUUUUGCUUGUUCCUAAAGCAAGCGAUCUGGAUGCUUCACGAAAUCGAAACAACGUUACUACUGUGGUCGUUUUGAUUUCUUCGACAUUGUGUUGAAGUAAUUCGGGAACUGGAUACUUGGUUAAACUGUUAGUGGCGACUCCUCUUUGAGGCAGGACAACAUGCAAGUUCAAGAUGCAGACGGUAACGAUGGCUCGCCCUGGAACAACUCGAGCGGCUGCGAGGAGGAACGUAGGCCAAAUCAGAAGGAGGGCAAGAAAUCAAAUGUGUUGCCAUUAUGGGGUAACGAAAGGACUAUGAACUUAAAUCCACUGAUUCUUACAAAUAUACAGUCCUCUCACUACUUUAAAGUGAAUUUGUAUGAAUUGAAGACGUAUCAUGAAGUUAUUGAUGAAAUUUACUAUAAGGUGUCACAUUUGGAACCUUGGGAGAAAGGCAGCCGGAAGACUGCGGGUCAAACUGGCAUGUGUGGAGGCCGGUUCAUGCAGGUACGUGGUGUCGGUGCAGGAGGAAUAGUAUCAACAGCAUACUGUCUCCUCUACAAAUUAUUCACUCUAAGACUAACCAGAAAGCAAUUAAAUGGUCUUAUCAAUCAUCCGGAUUCUCCGUAUAUAAGAGCUCUGGGCUUCAUGUAUAUCAGAUACACACAACCACCAGCUGAUUUAUUUAGUUGGUACGACGAGUAUUUAGAAGAUGAGGAAGAGUUAGAUGUAAAAGCAGGAGGUGGACAGACAAUGAAAAUGGGUGAUAUAUUAAAACAGUUCCUUACCAAACUUGAAUGGUUUUCCACGCUAUUUCCCCGAAUACCAGUGCCAAUUCAAAAGGAUCUAGAACAUCGAUUAGGCGAAAGGUUUCCACAGCAAACAGCAAACGCACGGAAUGCAAAGCCUCAAAUUACAUUAAAUAAUCAUGGAAAGUACAGUAACACCAACGCGAACACCGGUAGAAAAGACAAUGGCAAUGUGGCUGUACGCAAUCAACAACCGCGACACAUCCCGGACAGUGAGGCUCAAUGGGGUGAGGCUGAGAGAGCGAGCCAUUGGCGAGCCAGGUCUGAUGAGGAUCGCAAAGACAAAUAUAGAGAACGUGACCGGGAACGAGACCGAAACAGGGAUCGUGAGAGGGAUAGACCUCGUGAUCGAGAACGAGAGCGAGAUCGGGAUAGACACGCACGAAGAUCAACUAGUAGAGACAGAAGCCGUAGACAAAGAGAAUAUAGAAGUAGGAGUAAAGAACGAUCACACAGGGACAGGAGUAAAGAUCACCAUCGCGAUCGAGAAAGGUAUCGGGACAGAAGAGGUUCACCGUACGAUUAUGCUAGUGAGUUGGCACGGGAGAAGGAAAGGCAACGAAGAGAUUGACAUCCCGUGCAAUUAUGAACUUUAAUAUAAAUUUGUUUGUACAAGUAUAACGAUUGCAUCAAUGAAACAAAGAGAAAAACGACAAUUUAGAACCGAGCCAUUCUACACGACUGCAUUCUAAGAGAGAUACUUUCACUGGGGUGUGAAGUAUUAGCCUAAAGUUAAAUUUACGAUAUCCACAAUGUAGUUUACAUGUUUUUAUAAAAUAAAAUCGCAAUGGAAACAUUGACUCUUUUAUUA